UUUUUAGUUGGCUAAUAAGUUUACUUUUUGGUAUUGGGUCUAUAUUUUCUAAUUUUUUUGAUUCUGCCCAUUCUUUGAUGGUUAGAAAAGAAAGUAUUUUACAAGAAAAAUUUGAGGAGGAAAAUGAGAAAGAAUUUAUUUUAAAUAAUCAAACAAUAUCUUCCUCUUUAUUUGUUCAUCAAAAAGAUUUUACUAGAAGACAAACUGGAGGAUUGUCUAUUAAUGUUUUGAGUAUGCUAAUGAUUUUUGUACUUUGCUAUGUUUGUUUGUUUACUGUUCUUAUUUGCUACGGAAAAAUUCUUCGAACAAUCCGUCAAUUCCAAAAAUGUGGAGGUGUUGGUUCUCGACGUAUUUUAAAAAAUGUUGGGGAAAGUCGAGAGGAAGAAACUGUUGCUCUUUCUUCCAAUAAUGGUCGAAAUUUGGUACGAGGAAGUUCAAUUUACCAUAAAAGGUAA